AUGUCGGCCAAGACAGCUACCAUGAGGCCUAACCUGCCCCCAAAGCGCGACUCAGAGCAGCUCGCCCUCUGGAGGAGGGAUAAACAGAGCAUUCCCGUCACACCUGCUUUUGGGUCUGAAAAGAAGAAAAUGCACGCAAAAAUCGACUCUACGACAGUAGGACAGGAUUAUUUCGACUUCAACCCAUCACCAAAGGGCAAUGUCAUUUCUGCUACUUUCACCAUCCCGCAUAUUUCGUAUAAAAAUGGAAAACUUGGAUCGGAUAAUGAUCAUCGUUUCUGGCGCUCUGGCCAUCUCGAUUGUUUGUCGCACCUGACGCUCAACGAGGCCCCUCUGCGGCACACCGUGGUUGCUUGGACAGGCGAAAUAAACCAGUCCGAUGACAAAGGUUCAUUUUCUUUUACUGCGCCAUCAUCUACUUCGAUUGCUCCGGAUGGCCAUGCCCAGGACACUGACGAGUCGAAUCCUGACAAAGUGGUCUUCAUUAGCACUGAAGAGCAGCAACACCUGGAGACGGACUUGUACAAAAGCCGCGAGAGGAUCGUGCCUGUCUGGCUCUGCGCAGCUACAGGGCGCAAAGAAAACGGCAUUGAGCUGCAAAACCAGUCCAGAUGGAGAGAAUACGCCGAGCACGACUUAUUCCCGCUCUUCCACUACAAGCAACGGGAGCCCAAGGGCGGCGGUGACGAAAGACUCCGAUGGAGCGACUACCAUCUCGUGAAUGCGGCUUUCGCUGAUAAAAUCUGCGAUACAUACAAGCCAGAUGACACCAUUCUGGUGCAUGACUACUACUUGAUGCUGGUGCCGCAGAUGGUUCGUCAGCGACUUCCCAAUGCCCGCAUUGCGUUCAUACUGCAGACGCCUUUUCCCACGAGUGAGUUUAUACGUUGUCUGCACCGCCGACAGGAGCUCCUUGAAGGUGUUCUCGGUGCAGAUAUAGUCGUGUUCCAAGCGCAUCUUUACGCAGAACAUUUCGCAAACUCGUGCGCCAGAAUCCUCAAAACGCAAGGCGGGCCGGAACAAAUCGUCCACAAAGGCAGAUGCACGCAGCUGGCGCAUAUACCUACUGGCAUCGAUAUCCAGCACAUCACCCAGCGUGCAUUCAACACGAAUGUCGACAAACUAUGCAAAGAGGUAGAGAAUACUUUUUCCGGCAAAAAGAUUAUCCUCGGCCACGACCCCAUGAACAGUCUCAGCGGCCUCGACAAGAAACUGCAGGCCUACGAGCGUUUCCUGCAAGACCACCCCGAAUGGCAAGAAAAGGUUGUCCUGGUGCAGUUGACGAGCCCUGCCAUGCUCGAGGCCGGCGGCAAGGAGGAGGCCGACUUUGUCUCGCGCGUCAACCUCCUCGUCGGAGCCAUCAACUCGCGCUACGGCUCGCUGGGCCACACUCCCGUGCAGCUGUCGCCGCUGCCGCCGCAGCAGGACGAGUACUUUGCGCUGCUGCGCCAGAGCGACAUGGCGCUCAUUACGAGCGUGCGCGAGGGCAUCAGCACCACGGCGCUCGAGUACGCCAUGUGCCAGCGCGACAGACGGGGCACGCUCGUGCUCUCCGAGUUUAGCGGCACGGCCGGCGCGCUGAGCAAGGCGGUGGUUAUCAACCCCUGGGACGUCUCGGCGGUGGCGGGGCAGAUUUACAAGGCACUGACGGCGACGCUUGAGGAAAAGGCAAAGUCGCAUGCUGCGCUGUUUAAGCAGGUACAAGAUGUGAGUGUCGAGCGCUGGUCGAGGAAGCUGUUUGGUUUACUGGAGCGUGCUUCGAGGAACAACUCUGGUCAAUCCAAGACGAGUCCUAUUCUAGAAUAA